AUUAAAAAUACAUUAAAACAUUAAACUUUAAAAACUUCCCUAAACAGGGCUGCCUUCAGAUGUCUUCUAAAAGUCAGAUAGUUGUUUAUUUCCUUGACAUCUGAUGGGAGGGUGUUCCACAGGGAGGGUGCCAAUACCAAGAUAGCCCUCUGCCUGGUCCCCUGUAACUUCACUUCUCGCUGUGAGGGAACCGCCAGAAGGCCCUUCUUAGAGCUGGACCUCAGUAUCCAGGCUGAACGACUGGGAUGGAGAUGCUCCUUCAGGAGUGCAGAAAGUGAGCAGCGGCGCUCGGAUCUGGAUCACAGCCAUGGCCAAUGCUGUGAUUGCCAAGCGGGAAGGCCCCCAGUUCAUCAGUGAAGCCGCCGUCCGAGGGAACGCAGCCAUUUUGGAUUACUGCCGGACGUCAGUCUCUGCCCUCUCGGGAGCGACCGCUGGAAUCCUGGGCCUGACCGGCCUUCAUGGCUUCAUCUUCUACUUCCUGGCCUCCGCCCUCCUUUCCAUCCUGCUGGUGCUGAAAGCCGGGCGGCGGUGGAGCAAGUACUUUAAAUCCCGAAGGCCCCUUUUCACUGGAGGGCUGAUCGGGGGUCUCUUCACAUAUGUUCUCUUCUGGACUUUCCUCUAUGGCAUGGUACAUGUUUACUAGGGGGGGGGGGCGGAAGAGGAGAAGCGCCGAGUUAGUACGGUUCUCGUGGAGUGACAGGACUUCGGGGGAGACGGUCACCAUGUCCCCUAGGCCAGACGUCUGGGGCUGUUGAUCCGUUGCUUGUGCUGCUUAACCCUGCCAGUAACUUCUGUUGGGAAACAAGCCUGUAAAACCCUGCCAAUUAAACAAAAUGUGAAAUCCCUAAGGUGGUGUGAUGAGAAAAUAGUGCUCCUUCUAGAGUACUGCCUUUCUUUUAGUCGUGGUUUUAUUGUAUUGUAUUUGUUCAUUUGAGCCAGGUAUAGAAUGUGGCCCUCAAAACCUGUUUGCCUGGCCCUUAGAGCUCUCCUCUGGCCAUACACUUUCUCCAGAUGCACUCCUUACUGGGCCAGCUUCACACCCUCCUUUAGUGUUUUCAUCUGGCUAGGAAUGUGUCCUUGAAUUCUGUUCGUGUCUUUGCUUGCCUGGAUAGAGAGAGGUGUGGGUGUAGAAAACUAGCUUCCUGUAGAAAGGCAAAAUUUACAUGCAUUGCUCCAUCCACUUUCCCUUUUGGCUCCACCUACCACCAACCUGCAGAACAGGUCAUCAUCUGAGCCUUAGGCUAAAGGGGGGGUGGGGAGCCUCAGGCCUGGGGCUCAAAUGCAGCUCUCUGACCCUCACUAUUUGGCCAUCAGAACUCUCUGCAACUCACAUCCCUGACCAGCCCUGCUCCACACCCUCCUUUCGUGUUUUUGCUGGGCUGGAAAUGUAUCCUUGAAGUCUGAUCCUGCCUCUUGCUCGUCAGAAUGGGAGGAUAGGAAAGCAGGGUGGUGGAAACUAGCCUACUGUGCAAAGGCAAAAUUUGCAUUCCUUGCCCUGCCCACUUUUGCUUCUGGCCCCACCCACCAAUGGAACACAGGUGGGAAUGUGCCCCUGGGGGUGAAGAACGCCCCCCAGCCCUGCCUUAGCAGUUCCAGCAUUUGUUGUAGGGUUGCACGUUCCCUGAACCCAGGAGCGCUGGGGUGUGGUCGCAACAGCUUGCUUUUGUUAGGAAAGCCAGCCCCGCCACAGCACCCUUUGUGAGAUGCAUCAGGGGCUUACCUUCCAAGUCCCAGACUGCAGAAUCCGGGACCGGCAGCCGUGUGACCCCGGAAGUUGCGUCAACAUAACUUCCGGUGUCGCUUUGCCCUUCUAUGGGCACCAAAAAUGGCUGCCGCCGGCUUCGAAAGUCACUUGUACGCAUGUCAGGAAGUGCGUCGACAUAACU